CGCCUCCGGCCCGGCCGGCGGGCAGCGGCCGCCAUGGGGGGCGUGAGGGCGGCCGGGCGGAGGCUGCUGCGGCGGCUGCGGGGCGCCGAGGGGCUGCGGGAGACCUGCCGGCAGUACCCGUUCUCCUGCUGCCUCCUGCUGGGGCUGGGCACCGCCACCCUCCUCCUCAACCGGUAUCUUCAUGUCCUGAUGGUCUUCUGGUCCUUCGUGGCUGGGGUCGUCACCUUCUACUGUUCCUUGGGACCGGACUCCCUCCUGCCCAAUAUUCUGUUCACAAUAAAAUAUAAACCCAAGCAGCUGGAAUUGCCGGAGCUGUUUCCCCACGGUCACAGCUGUGCUGUAUGUGGCAAGGUCAAAUGCAAGAGGCACAGACCUACUUUGCUUCUGGAAAACUAUCAGCCAUGGCUGGAUCUGAAAGUGCCUUCCAAGGUUGAUGCAUCACUUUCAGAGGUGCUUGAGUUGGUGCUGGAAAACUUUAUUUAUCCAUGGUACAGAAAUAUUACUGAUGAUGAGUCCUCAGUGGAUGAACUGAGAGGGACGCUACGUUUUUUUGCAUCUGUCUUAGUUCGGAGAAUUCACAAGGUGGACAUUCCAACGGUUGUAACAAAGAAGAUGCUCAAGGCAGCAAUGAAACACAUUGAAGUAAUAGCCAAAGCCAGGCAAAAAGUAAAAAAUGCAGAAUUUUUGCAGCAAGCUGCUUUAGAAGAAUAUGGACCAGAACUGCAUGUUGCUUUGAGAAACCGAAGGGAUGAACUUCACUACUUAAGAAAACUUACUGAACUUCUUUUUCCUUAUAUUUUGCCCCCAAAGUCAACAGAGUGCAGAUCCCUGGCCCUUCUCAUUAGAGAGAUUCUCCCUGGUUCAGUUUUCCUUCCCUCAAUGGAUUUCUUAGCUGACCCUGAUACUGUCAACCAUUUACUGCUGAUCUUCAUUGAUGAUAGUCCACCCGAGAUAGCAACUGAGCCUACUUCAUCAUUGGUUCCAUUCCUUCAGAAAUUUGCUGAGCCAAGAAAUAAAAAACCAUCUGUACUGAAACUGGAGCUAAAGGAGAUCAGAGAUCAGCAAGACCUUUUAUUUCGGUUUAUGAACUUCCUGAAACAGGAAGGGGCUGUCCAUGUGCUGCAGUUCUGCCUGGCUGUGGAGGAAUUCAAUGACCGGAUUUUGAGACCAGAGCUAUCAGAUACUGAAAAGAUGUCUCUUCAUGACGAAGUACAGAAAAUUUAUAAAACUUACUGUUUGGAUGAAAGCAUCGACAAGAUUAGAUUUGACCCUUUCAUUGUGGAAGAGAUUCAAAGAAUUGCUGAAGGUCCGUAUAAGGAUGUUGUGAAACUUCAAACUAUGCGGUGUCUUUUUGAAGCUUAUGAGCACGUCCUUUCUCUGCUUGAGAAUGUUUUUACUCCCAUGUUCUGUCACAGUGAUGAGUACUUCAGACAUCUUUUAAGAGGAGCAGAGUCACCAACCCGCAAUUCAAAGUUUAACAGAAGUAGCCUGAGUUUGGAUGACUUACGGACCACGCAGAAGAGAGGAGAAUCAUUUGGAAUCAGCAAAAUCGGGAACAAAAUAAAAGGUGUAUUCAAGAGUUCUGCAAUGGAAGGAGCUAUGUUGCCUAACUAUAACUUAAAUGUAGGAGAUGAUUUUAUUGAAGAAGGUGUUAUGGUGAUGGAAGAUGAUUCUCCUGAGGAGGCUGUUAGCACCCCAAAUACACCCCGCAACCUUGCUGCGUGGAAAAUCAGCAUCCCAUACGUUGAUUUUUUUGAUGAUCCCUCCUUGGAAAGAAAAGACAGAAAGGAGAGAAUUCCUGUAUUCUGCAUUGACGUAGAGAGAAAUGAUAGAAGGGCAGUUGGACAUGAACCUGAACACUGGUCUGUCUAUAGGAGGUAUCUUGAAUUCUAUGUGCUUGAAUCAAAACUUACAGAGUUUCAUGGUACGUUUCCUGAUGCUCAGCUUCCCUCAAAGAGAAUCAUUGGCCCCAAGAACUAUGAGUUCUUAAAAUCCAAGAGAGAGGAGUUUCAGGAAUAUCUACAGAAACUUCUGCAACAUCCAGAACUAAGUAACAGCCAGCUUUUAGCUGACUUCCUAUCCCCUAACGGAGGAGAGACUCAAUUUCUUGAUAAAAUGUUGCCUGAUGUGAAUCUUGGUAAAAUCAUAAAAUCUGUUCCAGGAAAGCUGAUGAAAGAGAAAGGUCAGCAUUUGGAGCCAUUCAUCAUGAAUUUUAUCAACUCCUGUGAAUCUCCCAAGCCUAAACCAAGCAGGCCUGAACUUACCAUUCUGAGUCCCACUUCUGAAAAUAACAAGAAGCUUUUUAAUGAUUUAUUCAAGAAUAAUGCAAACCGGUCUGAGAAUACAGAAAGACGACAAAAUCAGAACUACUUCCUGGAAAUGAUGACUGUAGAAGGAGUCUAUGACUACUUAAUGUAUGUUGGUAGGGUAGUCUUCCAUAUUCCUGACUGGCUGCAUCAUCUCUUGAUGGGAGGAAGAAUUCUCUUCAAAAACACAAUGGAACUGUACACAGACUAUUACUUGCAUAACAAGUUAGAACAGCUAUUUGAGGAGCACCGGUUGGUUUCUCUGAUAACACUGCUGAGAGAUGCUGUGUUCUGUGAGAACACUGAGCCUCGCUCUCUCCAGGAUAAACAGAAACGAGCCAAGCAGACUUUUGAAGAAAUGAUGAGAUACAUUCCAGAUUUAAUAGGCAAGUGCAUUGGGGAAGAGGCUAAAUAUGAAGGCAUCAGGCUUCUGUUUGAUGGACUGCAGCAGCCAGUGCUCAAUAAACAGUUAACUUACGUUCUGCUGGACAUUGGGAUUCAAGAACUCUUUCCAGAGCUGAUUAAGGUAUGUGCUACCUCUGUUUGAGAGCUGCAGAAUUCUUCAAGCUGCUACUGAGUCUGGCCACUGGGUCCAAAGGAAGCAAGCUCUGUGUCAAGUUGGAUGUGAGUGGACACCCAGUAGGAUCUGCUGUGCACUGUUGUGAUGGACAUGUGACGUUUUAACAUUGCCUUGUAUAUUUUGUUGUAAAUAACAUGAGAUUUAAGUUCAAAAAAUACCUUUAUGCAAUAAAGACAUUAAAAUGUAAUACCAAUUACAAGUAAAUAAAAUAUUUUUACCUUUAAUUUAAAAUUUGUUUUAGCUAUUACCAGUAAAAGUCUAAUUAAUUUCCCCCAAAUCUCUCAGUGAAUGAAAUUACAGGAUAACAUCAAAAAAGAUAGCUGGGCAAUCAGCCAACUUAUGCUCUGCUAAAAGAGCAAUUACUGGAUGUCUUCCUGAAAGUAUACGUAGAAAAACUGUUUGAAAGAAGUUGCAGAAUGUUGCCAUUAAGUUAAAGUGUCUUAACAAAUAUUUUUUUUCAAACAAAAGUGUAUGAUUGAAUCUAUUACAUACAAAUAAUUAAUCUCAGAACUGUCUUUAGCCUUCACCUUUCUGUGAGCAUGGAAAAUGACAUUUGUAAUUCAGUCUUUUUAACAUCUGACCUUCAAAUCUAAAGCCCUCUUAAAAUAUAAUAAUGGAUGUGAAAAAAAUUUUUUUUGCAGUUUCUUAU